AUGAUGAAUGCCGGUAGUAAAGAAAAGGCCUCCACCUCCACCUCUGGUGAUGCUGAUGCUGAUGCUGAUGCUGUUCAACCCCAGGAAAAACAAAAGGAGAGCACAUAUACUGUCCCAUUUUACAAGCUCUUUGCUUUUGCAGAUUCCAGUGAUCACAUGUUGAUGAUCGCGGGCACCCUCGGUGCCAUCGGUAAUGGAAUAUGCAUGCCCCUCAUGACUAUUCUUUUCGGCGACCUUAUUGAUGCUUUUGGUCAGAACCAGAAUACUAACGAUGUGGUCCAUGUUGUUUCCAAGGUAUCGCUGAAAUUUGUUUACCUGGCAAUUGGGGCUGGUGUCGCAUCAUUCCUCCAGGUGGCAAUGUGGAUGGUAACGGGAGAAAGACAGGCUGCAAGAAUAAGAAAUCUGUAUCUGAAGACCAUAUUGAGACAAGAUGUCUCCUUCUUUGACAAAGAAACAAAUACAGGGGAAGUUGUUGGCAGGAUGUCUGGCGAUACCGUCCUCAUACAAGAUGCCAUGGGGGAGAAGGUUGGGAAAUUCACACAGCUACUGGCAACGUUUGUAGGAGGUUUUGUGAUUGCAUUCAUCAAAGGGUGGCUUCUUACACUUGUUAUGUUAACCUCAAUUCCUCCGUUGGUGAUUUCUGGUGGAGUCAUGUCAGUAAUCAUAUCCAAGAUGGCAUCACGGGGUCAAAAUGCUUAUGCUAAAGCAGCCAAUGUUGUCGAGCAGACAAUUGGCUCAAUCAGGACGGUUGCUUCUUUCACAGGCGAGAAAAAAGCUGUUGCAAAUUACAAUGAGACCCUUGUAGAUGCUUACAAGUCUGGUGUUCAUGAAGGACUGGCUGCUGGCCUUGGUCUUGGAUCCAUGAUGCUCAUUGUAUUCUGUAGUUAUGCUUUGGCUGUUUGGUAUGGUGCAAAGAUGGUACUGGAAAGGGGGUACACUGGGGGGACUGUCCUUACUGUAAUUUUUGCUGUGCUCACUGGAUCUAUGUCUCUUGGGCAGGCGUCUCCCUGUUUGAGUGCAUUUGCUGCAGGUCGGGCAGCAGCUUUUAAGAUGUUUGAAACUAUAAACAGAAAGCCUGAAAUAGAUGCGUAUGACACAAGGGGGAAAGUAUUGAGCGAUAUUCGUGGUGAUGUAGAGUUAAAGGAUGUGUAUUUUACUUAUCCGGCAAGACCAGAUGAGCAAAUAUUCAGUGGCUUCUCUCUUUUCAUCUCUAGUGGCACGACUGCAGCUUUGGUUGGAGAAAGUGGAAGUGGAAAGUCAACAGUGAUCAGCCUAAUAGAGAGAUUUUACGAUCCUCAAGCAGGGGAGGUUCUUAUUGAUAAUGUAAAUCUCAAAGAAUUCCAACUAAAAUGGAUUAGGGAGAAAAUUGGUCUUGUUAGCCAAGAACCAGUCCUGUUUGCAUCCAGCAUUAAGGAUAAUAUUUUGUACGGGAAAAAUGGUGCAUCUAUGGAUGAGAUUAGAGUUGCAGUGGAGCUAGCAAAUGCUGCUAAAUUUAUUGAUAAACUACCUCAGGGACUGGACACCAUGGUUGGUGAGCAUGGAACACAGCUCUCAGGUGGACAGAAGCAAAGAAUUGCUAUAGCUAGAGCAAUUCUUAAAGAUCCUCGAAUCCUGCUUCUGGAUGAAGCAACAAGUGCACUUGAUGCAGAAUCCGAGAGAAUUGUGCAGGAGGCAUUGGACAGGAUAAUGGUCAAUAGAACAACCGUCAUUGUUGCACAUCGUUUAAGCACAGUGAGAAAUGCUGAUAUGAUUGCAGUCAUUCAUCGGGGCAAGAUGGUUGAGAAAGGUUCACAUUCGCAGCUACUCCAGGAUCCUGAAGGAGCAUAUUCGCAACUUAUAAAAUUGCAAGACAUCAACAAUGAUUCAAGACAGAAUGGGCCAGAGGACCAAGAUAAAAGGACAUCCUACCAGCGGUCAAUAAGCCGGGGCUCAUCUAGCAUAGGAAAUAGCAGUCGCCGCUCAAUAUCUAUCUCGUUUGGUAUGCCUACACAGUUGGGUGUCUCUACAGCUGAAUCCAUGGAGAUUGAAGCCUCUCCAGCAAAGGAAGGUUCAGAAAAACCUCCCAAAGUCCCACUCCGCCGCCUUGCCUAUCUCAACAAGCCAGAGAUACCAGUGCUCAUAUUGGGUGCGAUAGCUGCUAUUAUUAAUGGAGCAGUCCUCCCGGUCUUUGGCAUACUGAUUUCUAGCAUGAUCAAGACCUUCUAUGAACCACCCGAUAAAAUGAAGACCGACUCGAGGUUCUGGGCUCUAAUGUUUGUAGUCCUGGGAGUGGUAUCAUUUUUAGCUUUUCCUGGGAGAUCAUAUUUUUUCUCUGUUGCUGGAUCUAAACUAAUAAGAAGGAUCAGAUCACUAUGCUUCGAGAAGGUGAUUAACAUGGAGGUAGGUUGGUUUGAUAAGCCGGAAAACUCCAGCGGAGCAAUCGGUGCCAGGCUGUCAGCAGAUGCAGCCAGUGUUCGUGGUUUAGUCGGAGAUGCACUAGCUCAGCUUGUUCAGGACUCAUCCUCUGCUGCUGCUGGUUUGGCCAUUGCCUUUGCAGCUUGUUGGCAGUUGGCACUCAUAAUACUUGCUCUGGUUCCCCUAAUAGGAGUUAACGGGUACGUUCAGAUGAAAUUCAUGAAAGGCUUCAGUGCUGAUGCUAAGAUAAUGUAUGAGGAAGCAAGUCAGGUGGCAAACGAUGCAGUUGGAAGCAUAAGGACGGUCGCUUCCUUUUGUGCAGAAGAGAAAGUGAUGGAACUUUACAGAAAUAAAUGUGAGGGUCCCAAGAAAACAGGGAUACAGCAAGGUUUGAUCAGCGGGAUUGGAUUUGGAGUGUCCUUUUUCUUACUUUUCUGUGUGUACGCAGCCAGCUUUUAUGCUGGAGCUCGGCUUGUUGAGGAUGGCAAGACUACAUUCUCAGAUGUUUUCAGGGUAUUCUUUGCUCUGACAAUGGCAGCCGUAGCAGUCUCUCAAUCAAGCUCCUUUGCCCCAGAUACAAGCAAAGCCAAGAGUUCUGCUGUGUCCGUGUUUGCCAUGCUAGAUCGCAAGUCAGAGAUAGACCCAAGUGAUGAAUCUGGGUUAACAUUGGACCAUGUUAAGGGAGAAAUUGAGCUUCGUCACAUUAGCUUUAAGUAUCCUACCAGACCUGAUGUUCAGAUAUUCCGUGAUCUAUGUCUGACCAUCCAUAGCGGCAAGACAGUGGCAUUGGUUGGAGAGAGUGGAAGCGGGAAAUCAACAGUAAUCUCACUAUUGCAAAGAUUUUACAAUCCGGAUUCUGGUUGUAUCACGCUGGAUGGAACCGAGAUACAGAAGUUUCAACUCAAGUGGCUGAGGCUGCAGAUGGGUCUGGUGAGCCAAGAACCUGUGUUGUUCAAUGACACCAUCCGAGCCAACAUUAGUUAUGGAAAAGACGGUGAUGCAACUGAGGCUGAAAUACUAGCUGCUUCCGAGUUGGCAAAUGCCCACAAGUUCAUCAGUGGGUUGCACCAGGGUUACAAUACAGUGGUAGGGGAGAGAGGAGUGCAAAUGUCAGGUGGGCAGAAACAGAGAGUAGCGAUUGCUAGAGCGAUUGUGAAGAGUCCCAAGAUACUAUUACUAGAUGAGGCUACAAGCGCACUGGAUGCAGAGUCGGAGAGAGUGGUUCAAGAUGCGUUGGAUAAGGUAAUGGUUAACAGGACCACAGUCGUGGUUGCUCAUCGCUUGUCAACCAUUAAGGGAGCAGAUGUGAUUGCAGUCGUCAAGAAUGGAGUCAUCGUCGAGAAAGGGAAGCAUGAAAAUCUAAUCAAUAUCAAGGACGGAUCCUACGCAUCUUUAGUUGCGCUUCACAUGACCUCAUCCAAGUAGCAAAGCAUUCUAAUUUUGUCUUCUUUUAUUGUAUAAUAUCAAUUAUCAAACAAAGAUGAGGCAGUAGC